GUCAUCCGCCAGGCCCACACCCUCCCCUCUCUGGAAUCACUUUCUCUUUCCCUUUGCGGUCUCCUGGUCCUGAUCUUCAUCACGGGGCCCCUGCUGUGCCCAGCCAGGGACAGAGGGAAGGACAGAAGGUGGUCUGAGCCUGAGGAAGCUAAGCCACCCUAGGCCCUCCCACCAAGCCAGGAAGAAGGUGGGGCGUGCACUCGGUGCCCUGGGAGUUCACUCAGCAGCAGAUCCAUCAGGGGGCUUCCAAAGCACCGGCCCUGUACCCAGGAAAUAGGGCCCAGCCUCAGAGAAGAGAGCAGAACAGGGACAAGCCUGUCCCAGAGGCCGCAGGGGCUGCUCCACAGAUCAGAGUUGAUUCCAGAGGUGAUCUGAGCCAGCGCAGGGUGGCUCCAGGGACGCCCUCCGCACCUCCAGUUUUCUCCGUUGCACAGAGGUGUCAUGAAGCUGCUAAAACAAGAAACAUUCUGCAUCCAGUUUAACAACCACCGCCGGGUCCCCUGGCCCCACCACCGCCGGAAGACCUACCUGUGCUACCAGCUGCAGCUCAACGGCGUCACGUAUGCCUCAGACUACCUUCGAAACAAGAGAGGUCGCCAUGCAGAAAUUCGCUUUGUUGAAAAGAUCCGUUCCCUGAAACUGGACAAAGACAAGAACUACGACAUCACCUGUUACCUCACGUGGAGCCCCUGCCUACACUGUGCCCGGGAGCUGGUCGACCUCAAGAGAAGCCACCGGCACCUGACGCUGCAGCUCUUCACCUCCCGCCUCUACUACCACUGGUUCCAGAAGUUUCAGGAAGGGCUGCAUCUUCUGUAUACAUCCCAGGUUCCGGUGAUCGUCAUGGGUUUCCAAGACUUCUCCGACUGCUGGGACAGGUUCGUGGACCACCAGGGGAGAGCCUUUGGGCCUGAGUGCUGGGACGGUCUGGAGCAACGCAGCAAGAACAUACAACAACGACUCAAUCGCAUCCUCCAGUCCUGGCAUGAGGCGGCUUUAGAAGACGACUUCAGGAAUUUGCGGAUUUGAGCCGCAUCACCCUGAGCAAGGAGGUACUCCAGGAACACAGCGGACCCGCACCGGCAGCUGGCAAGGAGGUGCCGCGCCCCACAAGUCCAGAAAAUUCCUCUGUCCACCUUCAUUUAUUUGUUUUAUAAGUGGGUGCCUAAUUUUAUAAUUAAAACACUUAAGGUCAUUUGAAAGUCUGUAAAAACUGGGUUAUUUUUUAAGGAGGAGAUCAGGGCUUUCCCUCAUAAAAAUGAGAAUAAAGGAUAUCUGUUCUAAAUCAUUAAGGGGGGGGGACAUUUGGAGAAUUCCCUGUAGAGUGUGGAACAGUUGGAUC